CCCCUCAAUCCCCCCCCUCCUUGUUCUCACACAAGCACCUAACCAACAAGCAAGACUUCCAAAAUGCCUCAAGAAAAAGAAAAACGAACACCCAUCCUCCUCCUCAAAACCCGCUCCACCCCAGACGACAGCUACGACGACUUCUUCCGCACAAACAACUACGCCCCAACCUUCAUCCCCGUCCUAGAACACAACUUCCACACGCCGAACCUGCAGAAAGUCCACGACCUCUUAGUGUCGGGGGGCUUUGAUCCGGACACUCCGACCCAGCAAUACGGCGGAAUAAUCUUCACCAGCCAGCGCGCAGUGGAGGGUUUCGCGACGGUGUUGGAGGGGAUUGGUCACCCCCUCCCCGAAAUAAACCUCCCCCUCUACACCGUCGGCCCCGCAACGCACCGCUCCCUCUCGACUCUAACAACAACGUACCUCCCGAACGCAACGCUCCACGGCCAAGAUUCAGGGACCGGCGAGGCGUUGGCGCGGUUUAUGCUUGCCCAUUACCCUUAUCCUUCCCCUUCUCCCUCCGGUGGGAGUACAGAGGCGGAAGGGCAGAGACCAAGAAAACCGCUUCUCUUCCUGGUAGGCGAGCAGCGACGGGAUAUCAUUCCCAAGACGCUCAUGGAUGAGAAUCUACCUGUCGCGGAACGGAUUCAAGUGGAUGAGGUUGUGGUUUAUGAGACGGGGGUUAUGGAGGGGUUUGAGGGGGCGUUUGCGGAACGGAUUCUUAGAGAGGAAGCAGAGGGGGAAGAGGAUAGAGUGGUCUGGACGGUUGUGUUUUCGCCCACGGGAUGUGAGGCUAUGGUGCGGGUUCUGGAGAAGGUUAAUUCCGCGGGUGCGUUAUCGGACUUGACAUCUGGGAGGGGGAAGGAGAAGACGAGGAGGUUCUUCGUUGCCACGAUCGGGCCUACGACUAGGGAUUAUCUCAAGAAUCGCGUUGGGUUCGAGCCUGAUGUCUGUGCGGAGAAGCCGAGUCCUGAGGGGGUGGGGAUGGGGAUUCAGAAAUUCAUGGAGGAGUAUAGGGCCGGAAGGAAGUAA